GGAGACCUAUAAUUCAAAGGCAAGAGAUAAAUGGGGGCUGUCUGCGAAUAUUAUGUUGCGGAGCUUCAUCACCCAGCCAGCGGGCGCCAGUCCUUCCGGUCAGCUGGCGCCAACCCAUUUCCAACGGGGGGCUGUGCGCCUGGUCCUCCCUCCGGUGUCGCCUCGGGAGCAGGAUUGUUUGGAACGCGGAAGGGCGACGGGACUGCCGGCACUCGCCCUGCGACAGGCAACUCGAGUGGCGGACUAUACCUUCUGCCAACGCUUCCGCGCAGCCAUAUACGUCCGGCACACAAGGCGGGCCGCGAUACCGAAGCCGCCACGCGAUUUUUUCUGCGGGCCCUAAGCGGCCCCCGCCCCGUUUCCCUCCCGGGCCCCUCCAGGCCUGCGACCUUGGCCGCGCGCCCCCUCCUUCGAAGGGCCAACCACCG